GAUAUAUCCACUAAACCCAUUCCUUUUCACACAGAAACUCAACAUACAUGCUCCAUAACACAAUUCCACAUUUUGUUUAGUCUAUUAGCCGGCCAUUGUAGCAGUUGCUAAAAAGAAGUGAGCACACUUUCUUGCCAUACACGGCUCUGGAGAUUUGCUCUUCCCCUCUAGUACCAGGCAGAUGGAAUAUUCACAAUUGGGAGAUAUGAAAUCAUUUUCGGGACUUUUUCAGGCCGAUCAAUCAGGCGGUUUACAAUCCGAAAACACGAAACCCGAUAGCUUCACGGUUGAAAUGGAGAGAUUUUCCGAUUUAUCAUCCAAAAACGUCUCCCCGAGUUCAAGAAUCGCAAUGCAGAGGAACCUUUCGAAAAAGGGGUCAUAUAGAGGUGAAAAGAAGAUGAAUUCAAAUGCUGACAAUGAGAAAGAUGCUACCACUUUUGUCCCCGUUUCUUCGUCACCAAAAGCUGCUCAACUGAUAGAUUCCAGCACGCAUGAAAAGCCAAUUUUAGUGACAGUAGGGGCCACCAACCACCCAUUCAGCCCGCAAGUGCAUCACCAGAUCACUAUCACCACCCCGGCCACCACCACGGCUGCCACGGAAAGCAAACUUGGCUCCAGAAGAAACAGCUUCAAACGCUCUUCUUGGACGAUUGAUCCCAGGAGAAUGCUUUUAGUCUUUGCCACCAUGUCAAGCAUGGGAACAAUAUUACUGAUUUACCUCACAUUAUCAAUGAAGAAUGUUGGUGGCGAUGCCAACACCAUGGAGCAGUAGCAGUGACCAAAACCCCAGGAAUAACUACAGUUAUAAAGCAAUAUACAAACUACAAUUCACCUUGAAGCUGAGAAAGAGGAGAAUACAUUACAGUUGCAUAUCUGGCUGCUGCGGCUUCUCUCAGGAAUAGUUGUGUACAAAAAUAUCGAGGAAGAAAAGCAGGUGGCAGUUCAAAGAAACAAGCAAAACAUAUAGGAUGUUGCCAUUACAUAUAGUUUGUAAACAGGACAACAGCACAGAGGUAGAAAUCUACAUAGGUGAUUAUUGCAAAAAGAUUAAAAACACAUUUUGUGCUUACUUUCCGUAAUUCUGUACAUAUACAAGAAAGACCAGAAACAACUUUGGUUUGAGUCUACUCCCUUUUCCUUUC